CACUUCUGUUCGGUGUGGUGUUGCGGUGAUUUUGAGGGGCCAGCUAAAGAGAGCAAGAAAGGGAGAGAGAGACAGAGAGAGAGAGAGAGAGAGAGAGAGUAAGCGCUCGCGCACACACGCUCGUCGGAGGGUGGCGAGAGAAGAGCAGCCCCUCGUUUUCCCUUUGAAAGAGACGAUCGCGGCUCCGGGGAGCAAGCACGUAUAUAAGUAGUAACGUUAAUCUUACGGUAGAUUCACGUCGGUGCAAAGUAACUAACUAAUCGUCGAUCGUGCGUCGAGAGAGAGGACCACGUCGUCGCAUCGUCGAGCUGUCAGGGUUGUCCGUCGUCGACGACCGUGCUGGAUAGGGUACGGAAGAAGAGUGCCGACAUGUCGGCGUUGAGCGCCGCGCUUUGUAGACGCGGGAUAAUCCUCUGGCUGGCCGCCGUCCUACUGCUGGCGUCACGAUCCACGCAUUCUGCACCGGUAUACGAUCAGGAUACCACACAGAUCGCAGAAUACGAUGGAGCUGUUGCUGGGUGUUACUUCAACUUUCAGCGUUAUCAAGAAGGGGAUAGGAUCAUUACGAGUGAACCAUGUCUAAAUUGCACGUGCCACAAUCGAAUGCUAAUGUGUUACCUGAAGGUAUGUCCAUUCACGAAAGCGAUCGGUCAGGAUUGCACGGUGGAGAAGCGUCCGGAUCAAUGCUGCCCCGUGAUCACUUGUCUGGAAGUACCGGUCCAAUUGUUGACGUCGACAAUGAGCGCACCGGCGGAUUCCACGGCAGUUGGUUUCCAUGAUAAUUACGGAUGUCACGUCGACGAGAGAUUUUACCCAGACGGCGCCAUGCUGCCGCUGGAGCAUCACAAUCCUUGCGAGCUUUGCUACUGCAUUCGAAACAGAACCACAUGCGUCAUGCAAGAAUGUACUUUACAAGUGGCAGGAUGUAAACCGGUCUACCAACCGGGCGUGUGUUGUCCGAUCAAAUACAAUUGCGAAUAUGACGAGGAACUUAGCACCACGGUUGGUCCAACUCCCGGGCUCAUCACCACAACUCCACCUCCCGGCGCGUCAUCUCAAUGUUAUCAUGAGGAUAAAGUGUACGAAGACGGCGAUCUGAUUUACUCGAAUCAGCCUUGCGAGCAUUGUUACUGCUUCCGAGGUGAAAUCGCUUGCGCGGUACAAAAUUGCGGAACGCCGAUGCAAGCGCACGGAAAGAAUUGCACGGCUUUACCGCCACCAGAAGGAGAAUGUUGUCCGACCACAUACGAGUGCGAAGAAGACGAAGGAAUCACGCUACCAGAAGAAGAUGAAGAACAACUUCCGGGGCAAGUACCACACGAUCUAUUGACGACCGAGUCUCCCAUGCUAAUCGAUCAGGAGGAUCAGCAAGUAAAGAAACACCUUCAGGAGGAAACAUUCCCAGGUGCCGACAAUGCUAUACCGCACGAGGGAGAAGAAGAAGGGAAUAUUCAAGGAACUAUUGAACAUAUUACUCAGGAACACAUUGCUUCUACCGAGAAAUCUGAAGAACAACCCGCAACACCACCAGCAGAAGAGAACGCUGUACUUGAGACGGAAACUACUGCUACGGAAGAGGCAAUAACUACGAAAGUGCCCUCCGAUGCAGAAGCAACGAAGACGGAAGCGCCUAUGACAGUACAAAAAACUGAAGAAAGUUUAGCUACCGAAGCACCUGCCGUUGAAUUGCCGGAAGUUUCAUCUAUCUCGGAAGGCUUACGACCGGAAGAGGAAGCGGUAACUACAGAACAUGUACCUGAAGAACACAUAAGCACAGAAGAGAGCGUAGUUGAAAAAGAACAAUCGAUUGAACCUGCCGUUAGCGAAGAAACGCAGACUGAAAGUGUAAAAUCAGGGGAGAUUACUAGUCCACACGAAGAACUUUCAGUAGAGGUGACUGAAGCAGAAAAAACAACGGGAGAAGGACAAGUUAGCGUGACGGAAGCGCCAGAAAGACCAGAAAUUUCGACUGAAAUUGUUGAGGAAGCAACAUUACCAGUCAUAGAAGCUGAACAGCUUGAUAUUAGCACUGUUCCUGAAUCUAUUACCGAGAAAACGAAGGAAAGUGAAGAUAAAGUAGAGACAUCAAGUGAAAUUUUGAUGACUGAGACGGAAGCAUCGAUAAAGGAAGUAACUACAACUGUACCUCAUGAAGCAUCCAGUACUGAAAAAAUUACCACUGAAAAAGAAAUAUCUCAUCUAACGGAAAUCGCUGUUACGGAAGAAGUUCCAUUGACUGAAGUGAGUAGUUUGCCUACAAAACAACCUGCUGAAAAAGAACAAAAACCAAUGGUAAGCGAGGGUGAGGAGGAACAACGGCCGGAAGAGCCGACAUCUGAGCACGCAGUAAUCGAAAAAGAACAAGCCACUGUCGGCGCUAAGAUGGGAGAUGCCGGUCUGACUGAGAGUCCAGCAAUGGGCGAGGAACAUAUCACUACGGAAGGGCAACGGGCAGAGGAAUCAACUCCGGAAAUUCCAACUCAAGGCCUAACCGGCAUACCAAUUCCUGAGCGAAGUCCGGAACAGAAAGCGGAAGAUGAGAACGUGUAUCAUGUGACGGAGGAUUACCAUGAUAUUAUACGUCCAGAAAUCAUUAGUCCCGACAAUCUUAUAACUGAACAUCCGCAGGAAAUUCCUACAACAUAUAUUCCACAGGAACAGGAGACUACAUUAGCCUCGUCAGAAGAAACUUCGAAACCAAGUGCGGAGGAAGCUGAAGCACCGGAAGAAGAAAGUUCAAAACCAUAUCCGGAAGAAGUUACAGAAAUAAAUCUACCAAGCCAGCGUAAACCAGAAAUCACUACAGGCUCCGAAGAAACAAAAACAGAAAGUACUCCUGCUGUUACUGAAGCUCAUGCUAGCACGGAACCUUCUGCAACUACUAUUUCUCAUAUAUCAGGAGAAAAAGUAUCUGAGGAAACUGAAAAACCUAGUGUGCCGAAAGAGAUCGAAACAGAAAUUCAAUCAACAGAAGAAACUCUCAAGGAAGAAUUGCCUACAAAGGAACUUGGUAUCAAAGAAUCUGGUUCUUUUGAACAAAUUAGUGGUGAGAAAGAGGUUCAACCAAAGAAAGAACAGUCAAAUGAAGAGGAAAUAAAAACACAACCUCCGAUCAUAACAGAACCAGAAAUUUCUACUUCUAUCCCAGCUGAACACGAACAUUCAACAGUGCCUCCGAGUCUUGAAGAAGAACAAACAACAAAAAGUGAACAUAUUACCGUAAUUCCUGAACAAUCGACCGUGCUACAAAUCGGAGAAAUAGAAACUGAAAUUACUCCUGCUGAAAAGAAAAAGCCAGUCGAGGAGCAUGUUACAAAACAACCUGCUAUUUCACCAGGUAUAACCGAAGAAGACAAUGAAAUACAAACCGAAGAACCUACCUCGAAAGAGACAGAAACCACGGUAGCAAUAAAGACGAUAGAAGAAGCCGAAGAGAAGCCUACGACACAAGCGCCUGUUGAAAAAGAAAAAACUGAGCAACCUGAACAAUAUUCAACUGACAAGAUUUCAGAAGAAGCUGCUACUACAGAAAGCCAUGGUGUGCAACAAACCGAGGCACCUCCGAUCGAGAAAAAGCCUGAGGAAGCAGAAGGUAUCGAAGGCGUAUCAACGGAAAGUAUAGAACAUCAAACUGAAGCAAUGAUAACAGAAAAGGAACCAAGCGAAGGAGAUAAACCAUCUGAAGAAACUAUAGGAGUGAAACCAACAGACAUUACAAGUAUUGAACAGACAGAAUUACCACACCCUAUCGAAACAAGUGAAGCUGAGAAAGAAAGUGAAGAAAAAAUCUCUGUGCCUGUAUCCACGGAGGAGGUGCAAACAGAAAUUCCUGUAGUUGAAACUGGGUCCACCGAAUCACCGGCAGUGGAGGAAACAGAGAAAAUACAGACUGAACCUUCCGUUACCGAAGAAUAUAUACCAAGCCAACCUUCGAUUCCCUCAGACCGCAAGGAGGAUCAGGAAUCUGUUGAACCAAAACCAAGCGAAGAAAAGCAGGAAGGCGAAGAACAAGUAACUCAGAAACCAUCUCUCGAAGAGAAGAAAGAAAUUGAAACACACGAAGAACCACAGAAAACGACAAUUCCUUCUGAAGAAGCUGUUACCGAAUCUGUUUUGCCGGAACAAAAACCGACUGAGGUUACUGGCACAACGACACUCGUUGACGGAGGCGAAGCCGUUACGCAACCAGCUGUGCAAGAGCAACCUGAAGUAGCGAGCGCACAACCAGAAAAUGUCACAACAAGACCAUCAGAACAAGAAGAACAGACUCAGGGACCGGUCAUCAAAGAACAGCCUGAAAUACAUGUAAGAAAAGAGACUGAAACACCCAUUUCUGUAAUUCACGAAGGUACUUCUGUAACUCCAACCAGCACGGGUGAAGAAGAUAUCAGUAAGUCAACCGAAGCUGCAAGCGAAGGUAUCACGACACUUGGGCCUAUUGAAAAACCGACAAAGCAUGAAGGUGAAGUUUCCGUCGAAACAGAAAUUAUACCUUCUACAGAAUCUGUAUCUUCAGAAUUAGAAACUGUAUCUUCGGAAGAGAUACAACCGGAAAUUGUAUCUUCUACAGAAUCUGCAUCUUCAGAAUCAGAAUCUGUGCCUUCGGAAGAAAGACAACCGGAAAUUAUAUCUUCUACAGAAUCUACAUCUUUAGAAUCUUCAAAAUCAGAAUCCGUGUCUUUAGAAGAGAGACAACCGGAAACACAUGAGCAGACCACACAAUCAUUGGUAAUGGAAGAAGAAUCAAGCCAGGAAGGAAGUGAAGAGCUUACUGAAAUACCCACAAAAGAAAGUGCGAUUCCAGAAAUGCCUAAAGUACCUGUUACUGAGGAGCAACCACAGAAGCCCGAAGUGAAAGACAUUGCAAGCACGGAGCCGCCGAUUCACGAAGAACAAGAGGAACAUGCAACGGUUGCUUUAAAAGAAACUCCUGAAAUACAAAUUACGACUGAAACACCAUUGGAAAAAAUACCUAAAUAUUCAACCGAAACGAGCAUUUCUGAAGAAACUCUUAUAGAGAAAGAGAGUACAUCAGAGAUUGCACCUCGUCCAUUAGGUAUUCCAGGAGAAGGUAACUGUCUUGUCGAAGGACAAUCCUACAGCAAUAAUUCGGCUGUUCCGCCGGCGAACGCGUGUCAGACGAGUUGUCGUUGUAUUAGCAGUAUCGUUCAAUGUGAACUCGUGCAAUGUCCUGCCCCGCCGGCUCAUUUAUUAAACUGCAUGCCGGUUUAUACGAGCGGAGAGUCGUGCUGUCCAAUGUAUGCAUGUGAUUCGACACCAACUGCCGAAUUGGAGUCUGACAGUCACGUAAUCGAGCCACAUACUCCUGAGGCAGAGGAAGACCAAAAAACUUCUUUGCCGGCAGAGAUAUCAACAGAGGAACCUGCCAUAGAGGUUACUGAAGCAGCGAAAGAAUAUAGUACGUUAGCUGGUGAAAUCAGUACGCCGGAGGCACGGCCUGCGGAAGCCACUGUUGCCUCUAUUUCUCCAUCGGAAGAAGAGAUAGAAUUGACAACUGAGAAACAGCAGACUACUCUAAAAUCUAUCGAACCAAUUUACGAACAGCCAACUACAAUUGCGCAAUCUAUUGAGCAACAGCCUGAAGAACAUACUAUUAGUACUGUGCCUGAGAUAGCACAGGAGUCUGCAAGUCAAAUACCCGAAGAGGAACAUUAUACUGUGCUACCAAAUGUACCAGGAGAAAUUACCGAAGACAAAAUUAGCGAAAAAGAAGAAAGUAUAACAGAACCGGCAGCUUCGACCGAGCAACCACAGGAGGAGACUAUCGAAGAACAAACUCCUGUUAGUGGCGAGGAGCAAAUAAUUACUUCCACGCAUAUAUCUACAGAACAGGAAAUUUAUAGUAAAGCAGAAGAAAUUACGACCCCGACUAUAACAGAAGAGAAAAAGAUUUCUGUUCCUGUUGAAGUAGAAGAAACUUCAACAUCUGCUGAGAAAGAAGAAGAAAUUACGACUAUUGGACUUGGUAAGGAAGAAGAGAUUACUACGACUACCAAAGAGAAUCCCUCUGAGGAAGAAAGUGUUAAGGAACAUUCUACGCCUAAGUCGAUUAAAGAAGGUGAUACAAAGCAGCCUGAAGAAGAGAAAAUACUAAUAACUUCCGAAAAAUCAAUUAUUGACGAAGAGGAGUUAUCAGCGAAACCGGAAAUUUCAGAGGAACAAACGACUGUUGAAACAACUGAAUAUGAGAGUACAUCCAUUCCUGAAAUUCAACCGACGACGGAGCAUAAACUCGAAAGUGAAACUGAGCACGAAGAGGAAAAAGAACAUGAAAUAGUUACGUUGGCUGAAGGUGAACAAGCUACUCAGACCGAAGAACCAGAAAGCCAAACGAAAUUACCUGGCAUUGGCAGUAUAGAAACGCAAGAACCAAUCGCACCUGUUGCCGAAUCGACGACUUUGAUACACGAUCAUACGGUGACCGAAGAAGCGCCAUUAGAAGAACAUGCAACUAUAAAAUCUACAGAAGUUUCUACGGAAGAAAGCAAAGGAGAAAUAAAACCGGAAUUUUCAACUAAAGUUCCUGAAAAAGAACAUGUUACGAUUCCUAUCUCAUCCGUUGAAACAGAGAUACUUAGCGAGAUGACAACUAAACAGGAAUUAGAAAAAUCUAGCGAAGAAACCGCUAAACCAGUCGAAGAAUCUACUACUGAAGUUUCUCAUGAAGAAACAUCGCCGGAAACAACAGAAAGCGCAGCAGGAAAAGAACCUACGGAACAUGCUGAAGAACAUACGGAACCAUCGGAAUACGAGAAAGAACCAUCUGUCACAAAAUUGCCUGAAGAAAAACCAUCUGUCACAAAAUUGCCUGAAGAAAAACCAUCUGAAACUGAAUCUCCGAUUAGUACGGAACAACCUAUUAAAGUUGAAACUUCCAAAGCAGAAGCGGAACAUGAAAAGCCUAUUGAACCCAGUAUUGUUCACGAACCGGAAAGUACGCAAAUUUCGACUGAACAACAUCCAGAAGUCGAAAUUGAAUCUCAUACAUCUGCAUCACCUGUUGAAGAGCAUACGAUAGCCGAAGAAAUACUAACAACGUCUGUACGUACAGAAGAAGAAGCCGGUGAGCAACCCGUUACAUCAAAAAAGGAAGCUCAGCCGAGUCUAGACGAAGUAGGAACUAAGCAGCCUAUCAUUCCCGAAGCGGAAUCCGAAGUACCAGCUAUAGAAGAAGAACACAUCACUGUUCCAAUCGAAGAACACACUACGAAAUCUGAAGAACAUCUUGGCGAAGAACAGACGGUUAUUCCUAGUGAAGGCGAGACAACAGAAAGCGGUAUUUCAAAAGCAGAAGCCACAGAAAGCGUAACGAGCCAAGAGGAACAAACAGGAACCGAAAAGAGUACAGAAAGUGCCAAACCAGAAACCGAAUUGCCCAGUUUAACGGAAGAACACACUAUUAUUUCCGAAAUUCACAAAGAAGAAGAGGAGCAGAAACCUGAAGUCGGAGUAACGAAAGAAACGGAUAAAGAAGAACCGGUCACGGAAGAAGCUAUUAAGGAAGAAGCUGUAACAUCUGCUGGUAUUACAGAGAAAUAUCCUGCCAUGGAAGAACACACCGAGCAAGAAGUUGAAAUAAAAACUCAUGGACCAACGGAACUUGAAACAACGAUUGCUCCGAAAGAGCAGAAACCUGAAGAGGAAGUUACAAGCGAGCCGGAGCGUCCAUUGAGCGAAGAAGCGACGACCGGACCAAGCUUGAUACCUGAAGAAUAUCCAAUAUCGGUGGAGGCAGAAGAAAAAGAAAAAGGCACUCAUAAACCUGAAUAUCAGACAACGGUAUCCAUCGCAGAAGAAGAAGCAUCGAAACCAGUGACCGAGGUCAGUGAAGUGGAAAAACCCGAAGAAGAAUUUGCUACAUCUGAAAGUGCAAAGGAGAAACCGGAGGAAUCCAUUACAAAAGUUUCUGUCGAAAUAAGCACAACCGAAAAGUUUGCGGAAGUUCCAUCUGAAACAGAAAAACCUGUACCAGCUGUACCAGAACAAGAAACAAAAUCGCCCGAGCAACAACAAGGUGAAACUACCACGAAAUCAACUGAACAUGCUGUAAUCGAGGAGAAAUUACCAGAGGAAAUAAUUCCAGUGGAAGUGAUUCCAGAAGCUGAAGAACCAAGCGAAACUUCUACAGUAGGUGAAGAGGAAGCACAUUCUACUGAAUCGAGUCUUUCAGUCGAAACGACUUCCAUUCACGAGGAAGAACAUCCGUCGAUACCGAAAUUACAGCCAACUGAAGGACCUCUUCCUUCUGAAGAGGAAACUCUUGCACCGGGAGAGAUUCAGCCUAGCAAACCGGAAGAAGGCGAAGAGCAUCUAGGUAUACCUGAAGAACCUCAAUUUACUACAGAACAUGCGCCCGAAACAUCUGUUACAAUAAAACCAGAAGAGCAUCCGGAAACCGAACAAUCAGAAAUAUCUUCGGAAGCUAUCGUGCCAGUUGAAGGAUCAACCACGAUAUCUAGCGUGGCAACCAAAUUGCCUGAAGAGAAAGCUACUAUUGGACCAAUAUCAGAAGAAGCGGAAACCCAGGGCCCGAUAAGACCUGAAGAAGAUGUGCAGGAAACGCCGAUUGAAGAUGUCAUAAAGACGCAGCCGGUAUCGACGGAAUUACCAAUCGGAGAAAGUACAGAAAUUUCCGAUGAGGAAAUCGUUCCUUCCCAAGAGAGUGAAGAAGACAGUCAUCCUCACAUUGACCACUUCCCAGAGGCUACUAUGAAGCCAGAGACUGACUAUUCCGCGGAAAGUGGAUUGGGAUCCGACGAGGAACAUUUGCGACCGGUUAAUCAUACUGUAGAAUCGGAACGACCGUACCACGAACACCGACCGGCAACUACUUUGGCACCUCAUAUUCCGGAGUAUCCCGAUCAAUCGGAUGAGGAUUAUCCUCACUUCCCUCCGCAAAGUGGCAGUAAUUUGAAUCCCGAUGAGGAUUACGAUGAAGACGCACACAUCUACGGACCGGGCACUUGCCGAUACGGAGGCAAGGUCUACGUCUCGGCGCAACAGAUACCCAGAGAUGAUCCGUGCGACUUCUGCUUCUGCUUUAGGAGUGACAUUAUCUGCUUGCAACAAAGCUGCCCGCCGCCUAUUCCGGGCUGCCAUGAGGAACCAAUCAGCGGCUUCUGCUGUCCUAGAUACGAGUGUCCCGUGUCAAUGGCCAUGUCUCUUAACUUGACCACCACCACUACCACGACCACGACUACGUUACCGCCACAUUUUCACGCUCACGCUUAUAAAGGAGCCGCGAAACGAAGUGGCUGCCAGAUCCGUGGUCAGGCGUAUCGAGUAGGAGAGGUCAUUAAAUCGACGUCUGGACCUUGCCUUCAUUGCACCUGUGGAGGUGAUGGCAACAUGAAAUGCGAACCGCGAAUGUGCAGUCCGGAACCGAUGCUGAGGCAAAUGAUCGCCACGGCUGCGGCCAAGAGGAGGAGAUGAGCCGCCGAGCUGGAUCGUCUUUACAAAGAAUCAUAUACGAGAGCGACGAAGUUGACAGCAGGAUUCAGUGUUGUAUAAAAGUGAAUUAAAAUUAUUCUAAACUACCUAAACAUCGUGCGGAACACAGACAAUAAUGUGCUUCGGCGAUCACGAACUGAGUGGCCAAAACGUAAACGUUUAUAUUAAUAAUAUUAUAUUAUGUUAUAUAUAUAAAAAAAGAGAAACAGCGGUGAAUGAGAGAUGAUGGAGGUAAUAAUAUCGGUCGGAGAUCCGUAGGGAAUUAACUGCGUAUCGGGGCGCGUUAUCGGUGCUAAUACGCGGAUACGGAAGGAGGAAACGAUGCUGCGCAGAUGUAGAAAAUAUAAGAAAAAAAAAUGAAUAAAUUUCGUUCGUGAUAAUUCCGCGUUCUGUUUCACGGGAUAUUUUGUACGCUCUGAAAAAAGGAGAGAAAGAGAGAAAAUUACUGAACGUACGAGACUUAUGACUGUGCCUUCGUCAAGUGUCGAAUAUCAACGGCACUGCUUUCGUUUCGGCAACGAGCGCCGUCCGCAGCCACGGUCAUCGUCGUCGGUAUUUUAAAUAAGCCCGAAGAAUCGCGAUCGCUUGCGACUUCGUAGGUAAUGAAAGAAAAGAGAGGGAGAGAGAAAGGGAGAGGAAAUGCGACGAAUGCGUUUCGUACGACGCAUAAAACGAAAAAAAAAAAAAAUAAAUAAAGAAAAGAAAAUUCAUUGCGCCAAUCGAUCAUGCAGUGAUAUGGAAAUAAUGAAAGAGAAUCGUAUGAAGAAUAUCUCUCGAUUCGCAGAGAUCGUCCUCUCUAAAUAGCUUAGAAGUUUUUUAAACAUUUUUCUACGCGAACUACACGUCCACGGUAUUCCUCUUACGAUGCAACGCUAAAAAUUGGGAAACGAGAGAAAGAAAAACGUGAUUGCGUAUCACUGUGACAAUCUUAAGCGACGAUGAUAUGUCAUUAUUUGCUGUGCGAUCAAGCGCAUUCUGGAUCGUUUAUUCGGCUGCUACUGCGUGUCCUAAUGAUCGGGUCACAUUAUUCAAGUUUGCUGAUAUUCACGCGCACUCGAACACGAUCGAGAUUAAUAAGAUCGGCACAGUCAGCCGAUCGUGCUUCCAGUAUUCUUAAGCCGCGAGGAUCCUGAGAUCCUAUAGUCGUUUUCCUCUCGAGGAAGAACUUCCGAUCGAGCCAUCUCUGUCUAUCUUUUUCCUUUUUUUUUUUUAAAUUACUCCGUCAAUCGUAUACAGUGCCAACGAUCGUGUCCUAGUGCGCGCGCGGGUGCGUAUGUGCGUGUGUGUGCGUGGUGCGUAUAAUAUGUUAGAGGAUGAGAGAGAGAGGAAGCCAGGGAGACGAAAGAUACACGCAUCUCAAAGCUCAAACAGCGGCUCGCGCGGAGGACCGACCCGAGAAUUUGCUUCUCCGGCGAGCUGGCGUCAUUAUAUAUAUAUAUA